AUGAAUGAGUAUAAUGCUAUGCAUUGGUAUUCGUCGUUGCGUCUGUCCGAGGAAUCCAUGAAUAAUCUUUAUAACGACACCAGCGAAGAGCCCACAAUUGUCCCAAUAAGUGGAAAAACAAUCCUCUAUCUGGCUAAAUCAUUCUGUCGCGAUACAAAGCUGGUACGCAAGAUACCAUAUUUGGCGCAGGUGAAGGCGGAGUGUGGUAUAGCUAGAGACGUAGCCGAGAGUGCUAUAAAAUCACAUAUAUUUACUGAAAUAAAUCGGGUGCACGACAUACCGCGAAACUCAUACACCUCUCGCGAGCGUAUCGCUUUUAUCUCACCUGCUGAUGGCCCAUUACAAGAACACAUCAGGGAGAGAACAUCAAGUCCAUAA